AUGGCAGAGCAAAUCCUCGCUAGGACUGUCCGGCUUCACUUCCGCGCAGCCCUAGCCUCGCCACCCUGGCUUUGCACGACCCAUGACGGGUUAGACGGGCUCGACGGAUUCGACGGGUUGGGUUGGCUAUCAUCCCAGUGUGACCCGGACAAUGAGCCAAACGGCCGCAAUUUUGAGGGAUUGACGUAUCGAUCGCCGGCUGUCAUGGCCGACAAAGAAAUCCCGAGCAGGGGACCCUGUGGGCUUCCCUGGCUGGGACCAUCUCGGAUUCUCGACCUGCAAGGUGGUCGUGAAAAGAGUCGGGCUUUGGCUGGCCCCUGCUCGCGCCACCCUGAAGGCGUCCGCGUGUCUGCCGGCAGAUCGGAGGAUUCUGGUGCAUUGCAGGAUACUUUAAAAUAUGGCUUCAACAACUGUGCGCAGUUCAUGCAACCAGCCCAAGCAGGCUUGAUCCGCGGGAGGACUAAUGCAUCGAGCCGCCUGGAGACAUCCAGGAACCCGUUGUGGCGAGCUCAUCCGGAUCGGCUCAGCGAAAGGAACGCUGAUGACCCAGGGAACGAGGAACCAGAGCCCUGGAUCGCACGACGGGCCGUUGGGGCCUGA